AUGUUUUCAGGAGCCUCAGCUGCGUCAACUGUGCUGUGGGUGCCUCUACAGCGAUGGGACUGUUCCCGAGGCGCUCGUAGCUGCUAUGCGCCGCUUGUUCCCGUUAGUCGCAAACGACCACACCGCGCAUCCGUGUACAUCGACACAUGCUGCCAUUUCGGGAACAAUGGUGGCCCCCAGAGUGACCAAAAUCAAGCAUCUCGCGCUCGUGACCUCUUCCAGAAUUUGACCAAGCGCAUUGGACGCUUUGCGGUGGCUCUAAAGACUCGGUCGCGAGGAACACCUUCAAAGGAACCACAGACUCACGAGAAAGCACAAAAUCAGGCCACGGAAACUCCAGUUGAGAGUCCAGAGGUGUCGCGCAUCUUUACGCAGGUAUCAGGGGAAGAUUCAUGGAACACGAACGCUCCAGAGCUUGCUCACGGCACCGCGGAAGCUUUUGUUCGAGCCCUAUGCGCCUACGGCCUCGCACGCGAUAUCGUGGAACAAAUCGCGUUGCAACCGGUUCCGGCAACUUGGCCUUCCGCGCUAGAAUACUUGGCGGCUUUUGGAUGUACACCGACGAACUUGCAAGCUUUGCUCGAAAGAGACAUGAAGAGCCUCGAGGUGGAGACAGCGAAACAACUUGGAGCUGCUGUACAGCAAAUAUCUUCCGCGAGCUCCAUCACUGCUGCCGAAUGCUGGAACCUCUUGAUGGAUCCGAUGAUUCCCCUCGAAGUAUGGUGCUCUAUUCCAGAGAAUCAGAGCGAACAGCUCCGGCAGCUCCGACGCUUUGGUCUUGACACUGCCCAAUUAGUGCGGCUUCUGCUCUUGGAGCAGGCGCAGCGUCGUCUUUGCGACUGCCAGCAGCUCGAGACCAUGCUUACAUUUCUGGUCCAGAAUCCGCCGCAGGGCUGCGGCUUUGAGCCUUCAAGCGAUAUUCUCCGACGCUUGUUUCCGCGUGCACCCUGGCUGUUGACUGAUUUUCCAAUGGAAACUGCGGCAGCCGCUGUGCAGCAUCUCUGUUCCUGCCUUGAACUGAAUUUUGCGCCGUAUAUUCGCCAGAUCGUUUACGCGCAUCCCGAGAUAUUGCGAACGGACACUGGACAGAUGCAAGCGAUCGAAGAAUUUCUGAACGCAAGUAUCCAACUUUCGUCGAAGAGCAUCGCGGCCAUGGUUCGCUCAUAUCCCCGCUGCCUGACUUUAUCGCUCACACAAGUUGAGCGCGUCACAGAGUUCCUGCGCGAUCUCGGCCUUACUACCGACGAUCUGAACAAAGCGUACCGCGCGUUCCCGGCACUGCUGGCCCUGGACAUUGACCGGAAUGCAAUGCCAGUCGUCGCACUGUUGCGCGACUGGGGAAUCGCAGAUGUCGCCACGAUGGUUCGUGGGUUGCCACCCCUGCUUGUUUAUGAUAUCCACACAGACAUUCAACCAAAACUGAAAUUCCUCCGCUCUGUCAUGAACAUGGAUACGAAGAAGGUGCUCGAGUUUCCGGCCGUUUUCUCGUACUCGCUGCGUGAUCGUAUUGCACCUCGUUUACUCUAUCUGCGCCGCCUCGGUAUUGAUGUAUCUCGAAUGCGCCUCUCAGUGGUGAUUGCACCAUCGGACGUUGAUUUUUGUCGCAGGGUGGCGCGCACGUCAAUGCAGAACUUUUCCGCCUUCAAAGAGGAGUUUAAUCAACUCAUUGAGAAGCGUCUGCAACAAGUCGCUUCGCAGCAGCGCCUCUCGACGGAACAUUCAGACGUGAUGGCCUCAGCGGCACGCCAGAGCGAUGCAAAGCCCCACUAG